AUGAAUCCACAGAACUCCGGACGUAAACUCACUCCACUCUCGGAAUGUCCGGAUGGAGGGUGGACUCUAGGGAACAACAUCGAAGAUAAAAUUUGUUUCACGAACAUCUGCGAGAUUAACAGCAACAUUAAUGCUGCUCAUCACUACUUGCAAUCCAAUCACAAAAAUUUCAGAGCACCGAUUAACCAUCUUAGCUUCUCAAAUUACAAGAACGGGGGAAUUGUUGCCUUUGACAUUCUGCGGCUUCGCCUCAACUCCAAAACGUCCCCCAAAUUUAUUUGUUGCCUUUAUCGCUCUCCCUCGGACCAUGACCUUCUUGAAUAUCUCGCCGUCAAGAUCGACUUCCUGAACAUCAAUCACCCCGCUUCAGAGGUAGUUCUCCUCGGUGAUUUCAAUGACCAUAAUUUGCUUUGUCGUGCAGUUGAAGCGUUCGCUCUUACUCAAGGGCUAACCCAGCUGGUGACGGGCUCUACUUUUUUCCCCCGCGUCUCGUCACAUGCCAGUAGCCUGCUGGAUCUCUUUCUGGCCACGCAUCCUGUCCCGUACAGCACUGCUAUCCUGUCCCCCUUGGCGGAAGACAAGGCACACAGAACCUUCUCACAAAACCCCACUCCCAGAAACAAAUAUAACGAAGCAAGUAAAAACUUCUCACACAGUAGCCUUCCACCACUUACGAUGCCGUUAAUUCAAAGGGCUCCCUACACUAUGCGGGAGGUAACAUUCAGGCAAAAGACCGUCAGACGAGUGCUCUUGUCGCUCGACAUCAACAAAGCUUCAGCUCUGCUUUCUGUUAUAAGUAAGGAGAUGGAGAGCUUGAUUAGCGACAGGCAGUAUGGUUUCCGACACCAGCGAUCCACAUUGGACCUCCUAGCUUACGUCACGCAAUUGUGGAGUAAACUAAUCCAGUCUGAUGGUGGGGCUCAUGUCGUUGCUCUUGACAUCACGAAAGCGUUCGAUCAGCUAUGGGUGGCUGACUUUAUCUCUGGUCGCAAGAUAUCCGUCGUAGUUGACGGGUUCUCCUCUUCAUCCCACAACGUCAACACAGGUGUUCCCCAGGGAUCGGUCUUGGCUCCGACACUGUUCCUCUUACAUAUCAACGACCUGCUUUCCUGCACGAUCAACAGAAUCCACAGAUUCGCUGAUGACAGCACUCUACAUGCAGGAAUUCAGAGUGACAAGCUAAUCUCUGCCGCUGAACUAGAAAAAAGAAGACUAGCGACGACUUCCUCUCUGACGAGAGACCUGGAGUUUAAUGCUUCCAAAACACAGUACUGUACCUUGACGAAUAAAAAGCGUCCUAGCGCUCAUCCGGUUUCGAUGGAUGGUCGAGUUCUGCCAAAGAGCCAUUCAUUUCGACAAGUCGGACGACAGAAUGACCUCACUCUAUACAAGGUCCAGAUAAGGCCUAGCCUCGAGUAUUUCUCACACGUUUGGGGUGCUGCCGCCGCGACUACAUUAUUUAUGCUCGAUGCUGUCCAGAGAAGGGCUGUCCGACUGAUCGAUGACUCUUCUCUAACAGACAACCCAAGAGAAGCUUUUCCCAGUUCUACUAACCUCAGGCAGUUCAAAAAUCGGGUCAACAAAAUUUCUUUGGGAUCAUCAUAG